AUGUUGACUGGAUUCCCAAUGACAUUGAUAUCGAAUAGCAAUACGAUGGUACAUACACAGAACACCUUGAGGACAUACAGCUCCACACCAGUCGGUCUAUUAUUGACCAACACCGAGUUGUUUAUAUAUAAUACAUCGGAUGAUGAACCAAUUGAAUUGUUAUUCAGAUGUCCUUAUCGAGAGAUAUCAACGCUGGCCACAGGAUACCUACAUUCGUCUUCGACCAAAGGACUGCCCCCAGCAGUCGAUGGUGUAUUGAUUGAUAACUCUGCAACACAAGGACAGUACUCUAUGAAGUUGACACCGACUCAAGGCCGAGCAUGGACAUUGAUGUCAUUCUCUCCGGGUGAUACGCCAGACAUCCAAAGAGAGCGUGUACUCAAGAUUGUAGCCAUCAUCAAUACUGUCAAAGAGGAGACCCUACACAAGUCAACUACAUCACUCAAAUCAUCAUCUUCAUCCAAGAAUCUGGCAGCAAGUGGACACGACAAUAUCACCAUUUCAAACAUGUAUUAUAAACUCAAUGGACUCAUCAUACAAGGUGAGAUGUAUCUAAGUUUACAAAGAAUGUCAUUCAUUCAAAAGUAUAUUAGAGAUCCAAAGAUGAAUGUUAUUAAGAAGUGUACCGAUAAUUAUAGUUUCUCAAUAGAGACCAAGUCAAUCUUUGAAUGUAAACGAGUGGAGACCAAGAUUGUCAAGCAUCAUGCAACCGUCAGGCUGUCAACAGAGGGCGAACGAGCCAAUAUCUAUAUAUUCUGUAUAAAGAAGCCAGGAGUUGUACAAUAUUUGGAACAAAUGAUGAAGAUUAUUGCAGAGGCUCAGGUGGUCGAGACACAUUCAAGUAACUCGGUGGACCAUGAACAUGAUUUGAUGGAACAGAGCUCACCAGAGACUUCUGAUGUAGCAUUUGGAGAGGAGGAUCAGGAUGGUAUCAUAUUUAGUAUAGACACGGUCAAUACAAAGUUGGAUGACAAGCCAACUCACAAACCAUUGAAGAACAACUUCAAGGUCAACUCUGAUCUGUUGACCAAUGACGAGAUGAUGUGGGUCCAGUCAUUGAUACCAUUGCGGCACACUGACGAUACAUUGGAGCUUGUGUACAGUACAAAGAAGCAUGGCAUCAGCAUCAGAACAUUCUUUUCCCGUCUGACCAACAGGUCGCCCUGCAUCAUGAUCAUUCGCGAUGACCUUGGUCAUGUGUUUGGCGCUUUCACUUCUGAUCCAUGGAACAUGGAGAAGACAACUCAUUAUGGAUCUGGCGAGACAUUCAUCUUCAAGGUGCGACCCGAGUCAAAGAAGUACGCUUGGACCAGGAUAAACGACGACUUUAUGCUGUCUACGAAGGAAUCAUUCAUCUCAAUGGGCAGUGGAGGAAAAGGAGUUGGACUGUGGAUCGACGAGGAGUUGCUCUACGGUUCGACCAACCACUGUGAAACAUUUAACAAUGAGAUUCUGGCACAUAGUACCGACUUUAAGAUCGUUGACAUUGAGGUGUGGUCGCCUGCCGUCAAGAAGACAACACAAGGCAACAAGAUGAUGAACGCUACAGAGUUGUUUGGAACAAGAUUCACUGCCAAGCCAACUGGAAAGGCAAUGUCUCCAUAUGCCUAG